CUCAUCUAUGAACCUUUUGUUUCCCAAGAGUAGGGUUGUAAGUUAUUUGAGGGUAGCAACAGUUUUAUCUUUGCAUUCUCUAGGGCCUACCAAAGUGCCUAGCACUAGUUGGCUUUUAAUAAAGGCUUGUUGAGACUAUAGAGUAAUAGCCAUAGAACACAAAUGAAUUUCAGUUUUAAUAUUGACUCAUCACCUUAUUCCAGAUGUAUGAGGGAUUUACAUGUCUCACACAAUCUUAAAAAUGUCCUGUUUUUUUUUUGUUUUUUUUUUAAAGUAAGGGUGGUUAUUAUUAUUUUUUUAAAGAAAUCACAAAAUUUGUAUCAGGCUAUCUGGACCUUUCUCCAUAAUUGCUGUUUAAAUAGUGAUAAAGAAGACCAUUCGGCAGUGUAUUAAUUUUUUUCUCUCCUAGCAUCUGGUGCAAGCCCUUGCCUGUAGUAGAUUGUAGAUGUUAGAAAUGAAUGGAGUUAAGUGAAGCUCUAAACCAGAGAAAGUCAGUCCAACUAAUUGCUGCCUAUUAUAUAUAGUAUCUCAUGUAGUAAUCACAAGAAUCCAGUGAGAUGAUUAUUCUUCCCAUUUUAUAGGUGAGUAACUUGAAGUCCAGAGUUGAAAUCACUUGUUUUAACAACUGUUAAGGGUCAACAGUGACAUUUGAGCCCUAGGUUUUAUGAUGUUCACCCUUCUUUCUGUGCUGUAUUUUCUCUUUAAAGGAAAUAGAGGUUUCACGUUGUCAUUGUUUGUCCUUUGUUCUUGAAGAGGACCAAUGACAUCAUUAGAAUGAAGAGGUUUCAUGUAAUGAUAAUAAUCACUGCUCUCAUUUUAAUAGUGAUUUAUGGCAUUACAACAACUUGGGAGAUAUUGAUGAUUAUUAUCGUAGUCUACAUCAUCAUUAUCACUUUAGAGUAGAGGAACUAAGGCCCAGAGAAAUUAAUUUUACAUGUUACAUAUAAUUAACAUUAAAUUUACAUAUUGUGCAAAAGGCACUUGAUGUGGUGUUAGAGAGCCCUGGAUUCUUUUUAUACAUUGUCCUGGCUUCUUUGAAGGCCCCACUUAUCAUCUCACCACCUUUAAGAAGCCUUCUCCGCCUUAAUCUUCUUGCCUGCCCUCCGAGAUUAUCUCUAAUUUAUCCUAUCUUGUUCCCCUCCCUCUCCUCCACUCCUCCCCAUUAGGCUCUGGGCUCCUUCAGGGCAGGGAAUGUCUUUUGCCUCUUUUAUCUCCGGGGCCCAGGCCUGUGGCUGGCAUGUAGUUAGUAGGCAUUUAAUAAGUGCUUAUUUCCUUGGCACAGCCAGAAAAUUCAGACUGGUUUAGGAUACACCCUGAAAAUGAUCUUUCAAUCCCCAGGGGCACCGACUAAGGCGAUAUCAGAGUCGGGGACUGGGAGACAUCUCUCGGCUCCUUUUGAAUUCUUUGGCCAUGGUAGGCUUUGGGGAAGCGAGACCUUGGGCCGAAUAUGGUCCCUGAUUUCUCUUAACUUAAAGAAUCACUGGCUGCUCUUUUCUUACCUCUCCUCUCUUGUUGCUUUCCUCCCUUCUCUGCCUCCCCUCUCUCCAAUUUAUUCCUCAAAACACAGAACCGUUUUUCUUUUUGUAAAGUACUCCUGCUUUGUCCUCCUUGCUGGUCAGAUGCUCUCUGCUGCUGCCUGUUGAAUGCCGGGAGCAGAUGUUUAUGUUUUGCAAAAUGUUGGGGGCUCCUAGGGAGUUGAUAAGUAAUUUCUUUCGAGAGGAAUUCCACCAGGUAGUUAGACCCGAAAACUAGUGAACUUGGGACUAUUUGUAACCAGGUAUUUAAAAGCCAAAGGAAACCAGUUGUACUGCAUUUUCUUCUCAGUGAUUUGGCCUGACUUAAAGUGCUUUUUUUUACAUGUAAAUAAAUUGAAUUGAGCCAGACCUGCAGGGCACAAGCUGAAAUAAUAAGGACUGCCUGGAUCUGGGAUUUGGGGAGGCCCUUUAUUUUGCAUGUAAAAUUCCACACAACCUGGCACUGCCCCAACCAGGAAAUUCCUGUAGAGAUGUCCCCUAGUUUCCUAAGGCUUCAUCCUAAAGGAGAUUAGAGACCUGGCCGAUAAAUCUCUUUCUUUGUGGUCUAGCAAUUGUCCAGAAGCAGCCCUGAAUUCAUUUGCAAAUCAGCCUCAUUUCCCCAGACUCUCGGCACUCUCUGUCUUGCAAAGCUGGUUCGGCCGUUUUCACCUUUUGCAUGUGAAUGUCCCCCUUAAUGGCUUUCCGACCCGGGUUGGUGUGGGCUUGGUGCUUGCUUCUCCGUUCCAGUUCCUGUUGGCUGACAUUCCAGCGGAAGAAGCUCCUUUGGGCUACAUUCGGAGAGCACACAAGAUGGUGCCCUUUCCCUAACUAGCAUGGCCGAGAGACAUGCCAUCUUUACAGAACUAUUGAUCACGCUGCAGCUCUUCCUUGCAUUAAUGAGCAGGACAGUUUAUAUUCUGUUGCAUGUGUAGCAUUUGGUGCAAAUAGGCCUGUUGCUGUGAAUUGCAACAAAGACUUUAAUCUGAGCUGAACUGCUGUCAUGUUUGAUAGAUUGCCACUAUAGUAAAUAUCUAUAAACGGCUUUGGUGGGCUAGGCCACUUCGGCUGCACUGUACACAGAAGAUUGCAAAGAGGUGGUGGGAUUCUAGCACCAGUGGGGAACCUAAUAAGAGAAAGCAGUCGCAGCAAUAGGAGGAGAUAACUCCCAGCCUCUCCUUUCCCUCCUCCUCCCUGGGAGAGGCCUUCUCACUAAUAACAAGCCAGCCGGGGAAAAAGCCUGCGAGCAGAAGCCUCUUGAAAACCCUCCUCUGAUGUGGCUGUGCCUGCUGACCAUCACCCACCUAAUUUUUCAAUGGCUGAUCCUGGCUCUGCUGAGCGGACGGCACAAAAAAGGAAGUUUCCCAGCCCUCCCCAUUCUUCAAAUGGUCAUUCUCCUCAAGAUACGUCUACCAGUCCUAUCAAAAAGAAAAAGAAACCUGGCUUACUGAACAAUAACAAUAAAGAGCAGUCAGAACUAAGACAUGGUCCGUUUUACUAUAUGAAGCAGCCACUCACCACAGACCCUGUUGAUGUUGUACCGCAGGAUGGACGGAAUGAUUUCUAUUGCUGGGUUUGUCAUCGGGAAGGCCAAGUCCUUUGCUGUGAGCUCUGUCCACGGGUUUAUCAUGCUAAGUGUCUGAAACUGACUGCGGAACCAGAGGGGGAUUGGUUUUGCCCAGAAUGUGAGAAAAUCACUGUAGCAGAAUGCAUUGAGACGCAGAGUAAAGCUAUGACAAUGCUUACCAUCGAACAGUUAUCGUACCUGCUCAAGUUUGCCCUACAGAAAAUGAAACAGCCGGGGACAGAACCAUUUCAGAAACCCGUGUCGCUCGAUCAGCAUCCAGACUAUGCCGAGUAUAUUUUUCAUCCAAUGGAUCUUUGUACAUUAGAAAAGAAUGUUAAAAAGAAAAUGUAUGGUUGCACUGAAGCCUUUUUGGCCGACGCCAAAUGGAUUUUGCACAACUGCAUUAUUUACAAUGGGGGAAAUCACAAAUUGACACAAACAGCCAAAGUAAUUAUAAAAAUCUGUGAACAUGAGAUGAACGAAAUUGAAGUGUGUCCAGAAUGUUAUCUAGCUGCUUGCCAAAAACGAGAGAACUGGUUUUGCGAGCCUUGUAGCAAUCCACACCCAUUGGUCUGGGCUAAACUGAAAGGAUUUCCCUUCUGGCCUGCAAAAGCACUGAGGGACAAAGAUGGGCAGGUCGAUGCCCGUUUCUUUGGACAACAUGACAGGUCACUUAUCCGGCAACCUCACCUAUCUGGAACACAGCUGAGAACCAGGAAAGCCUGGGUUCCAAUAAAUAAUUGCUACCUCAUGUCUAAAGAAAUUCCUUUUUCUGUGAAAAAGACUAAAAGCAUUUUCAACAGUGCAAUGCAAGAGAUGGAGGUAUAUGUCGAGAACAUUCGCAGAAAGUUUGGUGUAUUUAAUUACUCCCCAUUCCGGACACCAUACACACCCAACAACCAAUUCCAAAUGUUAUUAGACCCCACAAACCCUGGUGCUGGGACUGCAAAGACAGAUAAACAAGAAAAAAUCAAACUGAAUUUUGACAUGACGGCAUCGCCGAAGAUCUUAAUGAGCAAACCCCUGCUGAGUGGUGGCACAGGGAGGAGGAUUUCUUUAACUGAUAUGCCAAGGUCACCCAUGAGUACAAACUCCUCUGUUCACACGGGCUCAGAUGUCGAGCAGGAUGCAGAAAAGAAGGCGGCUUCCAGUCAUUUCAGUGCAAGUGAAGAAUCCAUGGACUUCCUCGAAAAGAGCACAGCAUCUCCAGCUUCCACAAAGACGGGCCAAGCAGGGAGUUUGUCCGGCAGCCCAAAACCUUUUUCUCCACAAGCUUCAACCCCUCUUCCAGCAGCCAAGCCAGAGAGAGCUUCCACUCCUGGAAGCAUUCUGAAUCUGAACCUCGAUCGGAGCAAGGUGGAUAUGGACCUGAAAGAACUGAGUGAAUCUGUUCAGCAGCAGGCAGCCCCCGUGCCCCUCAUUUCACCCAAAAGGCAGAUUCGAAGCCGAUUCCAGCUUAACCUCGACAAGACCAUAGAGAGUUGCAAAGCACAAUUAGGAAUAAAUGAAAUCUCGGAAGAUGUUUAUACAGCAGUAGAGCACAGUGAUUCCGAAGAUUCAGAGAAAUCGGAUACAAGUGACAGUGAGUACAUCAGCGAUGAUGAGCAGAAGACUAAGAUUGAACAGGAGGAGACAGAGGACAAGGAGAGUAGCCGGACGGACAAAGAUUCGACUGCUUUGAAAAAAAAGCCUAAACCUCCCACUCCAGUGGAAAUCAAAGAAGAUUUGAAAAGCACAUCACCUCCCACUGAAAAAUCAGAUCCCUUAGUCAAAGAAAAGCCUGCUACAGAUCCUGAGAAGGAUUUUCCAGAAAAGGUCAAGACUUUGCCCCAUCCUGUAAAAGAGAAAGUUAAAGGCAAAGAUGAGACAGAUUCCCCUACAGUACAUUUAGGUCUCGACUCUGAUUCAGAGAGUGAACUUGUCAUAGAUCUUGGAGAAGAUCACUCUGGAAGAGAGGGACGGAAGAGCAGGAAGGAGUCCAAGGAGCCCCCCUUGAAACAAGAAGCUGUAGGUAAAGCCCCACCACCUGCUAGUGUCAGCAGCAACCAUCCUCCUCCUGAAACACCUGUCCUCACCCGAUCAGCAGCCCAAACUGCCCCGGCAAGCGUUGCCACAGCCGCCACCACCAUCGCCGCACCCACCAUCGCUACUCCCCCAGCAGCCACUGGGAGCCCAGUGAAAAAGCAGAGGCCGCUGCUACCUAAGGAAACCGCGCCAGCUGUGCAGCGGGUCGUGUGGAAUUCUUCAAGUAAGUUUCAGACAUCUUCUCAGAAAUGGCACAUGCAGAAGGUCCAGCGUCAGCAACAGCAGCAGCAGCAGAGUCAGCAAGGCCAGCAGCAGCAGCCUCAGUCCUCGCAAGGGACAAGAUAUCAGACCAGACAGGCUGUGAAAGCUGUCCAGCAGAAGGAAAUCACCCAGAGUACUUCGACCUCUACCAUCACUCUAGUGACGAGUACUCAGCCAGUCUCUAUGGUCACCAGCUCAGGAUCCUCAAGCACAUUGUCAUCUUCCCUCAGCACUGACUUGCCCAUUGCCACAGCCUCAGCAGAUGUGGCUGCUGAUAUUGCUAAGUAUACUGGCAAGAUGAUGGAUGCCAUCAAAGGCACAAUGACAGAAAUAUAUAAUGACCUGUCUAAGAAUACCACUGGAAGUACAAUAGCUGAGAUUCGACGUUUGAGGAUUGAGAUUGAGAAACUUCAGUGGCUCCAUCAGCAGGAACUCUCAGAGAUGAAGCACAACUUGGAACUGACAAUGGCCGAGAUGCGGCAGAGCCUGGAACAGGAACGGGAUCGCUUGAUCGCUGAGGUGAAGAAACAGCUGGAGCUGGAAAAGCAGCAGGCUGUGGAUGAGACCAAGAAGAAACAGUGGUGUGCAAACUGUAAGAAAGAAGCCAUCUUCUAUUGCUGUUGGAAUACCAGCUAUUGUGAUUAUCCGUGCCAGCAGGCCCACUGGCCAGAACACAUGAAGUCGUGUACACAGUCAGCAACAGCAACCCAGCAAGAAACUGAUCCUGAGGUCAGCACAGAAACAAAUAAAUCUGCCCAGCCCAGCUCAAGUGCACAGGCUCCCCAGACGGACACAGCCACUGCCUCGAAAGAAAAGGAAAGUCCAGCCGACAAGAGCAGGGAGAAUGUCACGACCAUUCCCGUGGUGGUGAGUCCCACAGUUGGAGCAGUGGCCAUGAGAAGCGGGGCUGGCAGCAGUGGUGGAGGUGGCGGUAGUGGCGGCGGCAGCAGCAGCGGCGGCAGUGGUGGUGGCAGUGCCAGCGGCGGCAGCAGCAGCGGCGGCGUUCAGUAUGUCCAGACUGCUGUGCCAGUCCAAGUGCGGAGAGUCUAG